ACAUUCAUCACUUCAGAGCUGCCCAGACACAAUUCUACUUUUAUUUGAAAUUUGAAAUAUUUCUAAAUUAUUGCUCGAGAUGUCCGAGGCUAAGGAAGAGAACAGGGGCGUGGUCAUCGUGUCGUGCGACUUUGAGAUCAAGGGGAAAAUCCCCAAGGAGGCGUUCGAGCUGUUUGCUGCCGCACAGGCCCAGAUCCUGGGGCUACGCGGCUACAUUGUGCACGUGUCGGAGAACUGCUUCCGGGGGCAGCUGCAGGGUCCUCAGCUGCUGAUUGAGUCCUUCAAGCAGGUCAUUCUCUCGGUCGCCGAGUAUUUGGCUGCCGUCAAGGAGUUUGUCAUCAAGAACCUAACGGCCAUCCAGGAGUGCUCCUACAAGUCCUUCGAAGUUAGGACCACGUGCCCUGGCGAGUGUAAGCCCCCGCCGUCUGGCCCAAAGCCAAGCACCUCAUCCUGAAUCGGAUCCGCGGAUCCAAACGCUGCCUGCAAUAGAACCAAUAAAGAAACGGAUAUGUUUCAGAACACGCUCUUCAAACCUUCUCUUCAAAACCCAGGCAGGCUGGCUUGCAUGCUGUAAGACUCCGAGAUAAGCUUUCCAGGGAUACACCAAAAUAAGUACAAACAAAUUACAAAUUAAAAUUAUAAAUUUCACGUUGGGCAAACAGCCCCGAAA